AUGUAUGCUUUUGCCAGUAUGGCACCUAUUCAAUUGAAAAUACCUAAAACAUCACAGAAACAGGACGAAGGUUCGCGGUGGACCGUAUAUCACAUUGAAGUAUCUUUUCCCAAUAAUUUACGUAGAAUUGUCUUUCGACGAUUCAGCGAAUUCGUUAGUUUAGAUGAAAAAAUUCGACCUUUUGAUGAUACAGAAACGUUACCUAAUCUUCCUUCCAAGUCUUGGUUUCAGUCAACCGUGACAAAUGAGAAAUUUCGUGAAUCCCGUCGAGUUGCUCUACAGGGGUAUAUAAAAGCAUUGAGCAAAAGUCCUUGGAUAGAAAUGAAAGAAGUUAAAAGCUUUUUUAACAUAGAGGAUAAUACAGGAAACAUUACAAAAGAAAGUAGCCUUGGCCCCGUGGAAUGGAUUCAAUUGUUUCAUGAAUGCAAACGUGAUUUGCAUGCUUCGAGAGUUGACUUGCUUUCAGGAAAGAACAGCACCAUUUAUGGACAGACAAGAAGCCUAUAUACUUCGAAAAGGUCAACUGAUCUUUUAUACGCUUCGCUCCAUCGGCUCGAGCAAAUGAAUGCCCUCGGUCCCGGUGAAGUGUUUCGCAGACGUGAUAUGUUAGAUAAAUUGUCUUCAGAGCUUGUAUCAUAUCAAAGAACAAUGAAAAACAUGGCUCAGCCUAUGAGCCCUCCCAAGUCCUCUGCUGAGGUUCCUGCUAGCUCCAGCCCUGGCUCACCAUUCAAGCCCGUAUCGUCUUCCUCAGAUCAACAAAAUUCUCUUCACUCUACUCCUUCCUCCAAUCGUGUUUUAGGUAAAAGCCGGUCGCAGGAGACACCAACCACCAGAAAGCUCGAUAAUGUUGGUCUUUACCAACUGCAAAACCAAGCAUUAAUGAGUCAAGAUACUCAAGCGGAAACAUUGCUACCGACUAUUCAACGACAGAAAGAAAUUUCCAUGGCUAUCAACAACGAAGUAAUUGAACAGAAUGCCAUGCUGGACGAUGUAUCGCAUGAAACCGACCUAAAUCGUAAGAAAAUGCGCAGGACGAAAGAUCGUCUUCGUCGAUUGGGCUGA